UAGUUUUCCCCCUGCUCUCUCUGUCUCUCUCUCUCUCUGCCGGGUCAGGAUGGAAAGGCUUACACAGGCAGGGGAGGAAACAUGUCAUGAGAGGUGAUGACACAGCCACGGAGACUUAUCCACAUCCUCACUGACUCCCAAGUUCGCUGCAUGCCACCACCGCUUCUGCUGCUGUUGGCGCGUCCCACAGAGGAGAGAGAGAGACAAAGAUAGCCUCCACUCUCUCCCCACCUCUCGCUCUCUCUUCCUCUCUUUUUCACUUUGUUUAUGGAUAAUGGGAUUUUAAUCAUGUGGAAGACAGCUGAGCGGCUCUUCUGGAUUUCGCUGACGCUGCGCCUGGUCCCGCCUGGCCUCCUCUGAGCAGGAUGGACACUCUGGAGUCAGAGCUGACCUGCCCAAUUUGCCUGGAGCUCUUUGAAGACCCGCUGCUGCUCCCCUGCGCUCACAGCCUGUGCUUCGGCUGCGCCCAUCGCAUCCUCAUCUCCCACUGUGCCACCAACGAAUCUGUUCAGAGCAUCGGCGCCUUCCAGUGCCCCACCUGUAGAUAUGUCAUUUCCCUGAGUCCGGAGCGUGGACUCGAAGGACUUAAGAGAAACGUGACCUUGCAGAACAUUAUUGAUAGAGUUCAGCAGGCCUCAUCGUCAGCUGGGGUCCCUCUACCACUGCCGUUGCCUGCACCCCACAGCGGGCCCAACUCUCCCGGCGAGGAAGGGAGCAACCGGUUGGCGCUGGUCCCAGUAAGCGCCGCCAUGUCCAGCCCAGGCACGCCUCCUGAACCAGUCCAGUGUCAGUUCUGCGAGCAGGACCCACCACAGGAUGCUGUGAAGACGUGUGUGACGUGCGAGGUGUCGUACUGCGAGGAGUGCCUCCGAGCGACGCACCCAAACAAGAAGCCGUUCACCGGCCACCGGCUCAUCGAGCCCAUGCCAGACUCCCACCUCAGGGGGCUCCAGUGUCUGGAGCAUGACGAGGAGAAGGUGAACAUGUACUGUGUCACUGAUGAUCAGUUGAUCUGCUCACUGUGCAAACUGGUCGGAAGGCACAGAGACCACCAGGUGGCAGCACUGAGUGACCGCUAUGAAAAACUCAAGCAAGCCCUGGACUCCAACCUGAGUAAUUUGAUCAAGAGGAACAACGAGCUGGAGUCUCUUAUGGGGAAACUGAUCCAGACUUGUCAACAUGUAGAGGUGAAUGCGUCCCGUCAGGAGGGCAAGCUCCUGGAGGAGUGUGAUAUCCUGAUUGACAUUAUUCAGCAGAGGAGGCAGAUCAUUGGCAACAAGAUCAAGGAGGGGAAGGCACAAAGGAUUCGAAAGCUUGCCCAACAGAUCUCCAACUGCAAGCAGUGCAUCGAGAGGUCCUCCGCCCUCAUCACGCAGGCCGAUCAGACACUGAAGGAAACCGAUCACGCUCGCUUCCUGCAGACUGCCAAAUGCAUCAACGAGAGGGUUUCCAUGGCAACUGCAUCAACCCAAGUGCUGAUCCCUGAGAUACACCUAUCGGACACCUUCGACACUGUUGCCCUGGACUUCACCAGAGAGAAGAAGUUGCUGGAGAAUCUGGAUUACCUUACUGCGCCGAGUGCUCCGUCCAUAAGGGAAGAGUUGUGCACAGCUUCUUACGACACCAUCUCUGUUCACUGGACGUCUGAUGAUGAGUUCACAGUGGUUUCCUAUGAGCUACAGUAUGCUAUCUUCACUGGACAGUCUAACAUUGCCAGUCUGUGUAACUCAUUAGAGAGCUGGAUGAUUGUACCCAACAUCAAGCAGAACCACUACACGGUGCACGGUCUGCAGAGCGGCACCAAGUAUAUUUUUGUUGUCAAGGCCAUUAACCAAGCGGGAAGCAGGAGCAGUGAACCGGGGACUCUGAAGACCAACAGCCAGCCGUUCAAGCUGGAUCCGAAAUCUGCCCACAAGAAGCUCAAGGUGUCCCACGACAACCUGACAGUGGAGCGGGACGAAACCACGUCCAAGAAAGGCCACAGCCAGGAGCGUUUCUGCAGCCAGAACAGCUAUGGCGUGGUGGGGAAUGUCUACAUCGACAGUGGCCGUCACUACUGGGAGGCUUUAAUUGGGGGGAGCACAUGGUACGCUGUGGGCAUAGCCUACAAAUCAGCCCCCAAGCACGAGUGGAUCGGCAAGAACUCGGCCUCCUGGGUGCUCUGCCGCUGCAACAACUCCUGGGUGGUUCGCCACAACAGCAAAGAGCUGGCCAUCGAGCCCUCGCCCCAUCUGCGACGCGUCGGAGUCCUGUUAGACUACGACGCCGGUUACGUGACCUUCUACGACGCCGUGGGCUCGCAACACCUGCACACAUUCCACGUGUCCUUCGCCCAGCCCGUGUGUCCCGUGUUCAACGUGUGGAAUAAGUGUCUGACGAUUCUCACCGGUCUACCCAUCCCUGACCAUCUAGAGGGACUGGAGCCUGACAACUGAAAACUACAGACAGAUGAGAAUACAUCAGCAUGAACUGGUCUUAAUUAUCUUAAAGCUGCACUGGGUAAGCUUUGUGAAAACGAUCCUAUUUGGAUAGAGAACAAAAGAGUUUCCCCAUCCUUUUCAAUGGUAAAAAAAAAAGAGCAUGUGAGUAACCCAAUGACAUCACUUUCUAAAUCCAAAUAAAUGAAACAUUACCAUUAGUGCAAAAUUACCUAGUGCAGCUUUAAUAUGCAAAGAAAAAAAGAAGAGAUGCCUGGAGUGUUAUCUCAUCCAGCUUCUCAAAAGUGAUUCUCGGUUGUUUACUAUGAUUUCUUAUAGCAAAUUAUGGCACUGGUUCAUGCCAUCUUCAUGACUCCUAGUGAAAACCAUUUUGAGAUGCAUGACAGUAAGCUUGAGUCAAUCCAGAAGAAACCAGGACAAAUGGAUAUAGUUGAGCCAGAAAUUCCUUCUGUAAGGCACUUUGGGCCAUGAUGGGUGCAUUUGUACCAUGGCAACUAGGAAACAAGCCACAAAUCAAUUUCUAAAUUUUCAGGUUUUUUUUAAAACCACCUUAUCAGAUACAGCACUUCCCUGAAAGUACACACACUAACACUUCAUACACACACAAAAACAUGCAAGUACACACACACACACCACCCCCAACUCUAAUCAAUCAUGGUUGCUGGAUAGAGCCGAAUAAGAUGUAUAUUUUGUAAAUUCAUGGCAUACCUCCCCUUAUCUUUUCCUUGUUCAUUAAAAAGUACCAAAGUAGCCAUUGAUGUCUGUUCAGAUGUCUUUACAUAAGUUAAUAAAUGCUUAGUUAUUUUUAAAAGUGACAGAGAGGAAAUAGAAUUAUGCCAAUAUUAAAUGCAGGAUUUUCUUAAAUGUAGACUUUGUUUUUGCACAUUGUUCGUAUUUUAUUCAUGCUUUUGUAGCCUAUAAUUAAUUUUGGUGCACUUAACAUACACUCAUAUUGGGAAAGUGUUGUUUGACUUGUGUUAAAAUGUGUUCAUUUGCUUUUUGUGGCUGCCAGACCUGUCCUGCCAUUAGGAUGUCAUGUGAUACAUUAUUAUCCAAAUAGCCCCAGGUUAUUAUUGGAGCCAAGUGGUAAAAUGCACAUUUGGGUGUGAUUUAAUUCCCCUCGCUUUUCUAUACAACAACAUAUGGCUGUUCAGUGAGACUUGAUUGUGCUGGUGUGCCAAUACUCCAGAACCAUUCAUUUGCUUUUAACAAAAAUUUGCUUUUGUCUUCCCAUUUUCAAAAUAUUCAAUUGUACAUGUCAUGUUUACACUGAGGUCUUAUUUCUUCAAAUCUACAUGCAUCAUGUUGUUCAAAAAGGUUAAAUUACACCACCCUUCACUUUAUUGAGAGCCAUGCACAGUGGGCUGUCCUCAGACUUAUUGCACAUUGACGAUGUCAGUAGGGUGCACAUAACUCUAUUCACUCAUUGGCUUGCCAUUUAAAAAAAAAAAAAAAGGGACAAAACCUUUGAUUAUACAUUGUUACUCAAAAAGGUCCAUUUCCUAUAAUUCAAUAUUGUUUUAUGUAGUAAUGUUUAACAGUGAAAGAGGCACUCCUCAGUGUAAAUACAAAGAUUUGGUUGUAUUCUUAAUGUUGCUUUGUUUCAAAACCUGGUACAGUUAAGUAUGGCGACAGAUAAUCUAUUCUUUAGUUCUGUUUCCUUGGCAAUUAAUUGAACUGUAUGUUUUCAUUGUAUCUGAUAUGGAUAUGUAGUGCUUAAUUUAAUGUUUCCAUUUGAACUUUGACGAUGGUGUUAUUUGUUCCAUCUCUGUGGACAUUUUUAUGGCAAACAGGAUACAGUAUGAGUGCUUGCAUCACUGUCGUGUGAGAUAAGUCUAUGAGAAGGUCAAAAAUAAAUGUUGUUCCUUUCACAUUAAA